AUGGUCAUGGAGGAGGCGAACAAACUCAUUGGCACAGGGAAGAGACAUCUCGUCAUGGGGGACGUGGUAUCAGCGGUCAACUUCCUUCAAGAAGCCUGCGGGAUGUUGUGAGUAGGGGUGGAAGUCAAGUGACACACUGAAUAAAUGUCUGUAAAAACAUUAGCGAUUACUAAUUCAGUUAUUUAUAAAUAACUUUGCCCUACUUAUUUUUCCAGAGCCAAAAAGUAUGGCGACACAGCAGAUGAGUGUGGAGAGGCUUUCUUCCUGUGUGGUAAAGCUCUCUUGGAGCUGGCCAGGUAAGUGUUCACUGUCCUUCACAGUAUUUCAAUCUAAGCGUUAUAAAUGGUGAUUAGUGAUGUACCCCACUGAAUGCUGGGAGCAAACAGUCUUCUGUUCUCUCCAAACCACAGCUGUUACAGUUGGAACUAAGACUUCGAUGUAAUGUUGUGUUGCAGGAUGGAGAAUGGCGUCUUGGGGAACGCUCUGACAGGGGUUCCUGAAGAAGAGGAGGAAGGCGAGGAGGAGAAGCCCAAAGACUCCAACAUUGAAAGCACAGACAAUGUUGACGGUAAACAUUUUGCAUUGUUAAACCACACAUGUAGUUGAUGCAUGCCUAAAGGUACAGCAUACAUGUUAAAAAAAAAAUUAUACAAUUUGGCCUAGUGGUUAUGCUGAUCUCUCUGAUAAUGUAGAUAAUGCUGUAGAUCAGAUAAUGCUGUAGAUCAGAUAAUGCUGUGUAAUGUCACAUUUACCUGUUAAUUUUUUUUUUUAUUAUACGCUUCUCAAUAUACCUUUGUUAUUAUCACAGAUAAGACCAGGGAUGAGCUCAGAGUUCAGGUCUAUGACGCCAUGGCAGAAGAGAAGAACGGCGAGGAAAAGUCAGAUUCAGAUAAGAACACGGUGGAGGAGACUGGAGGAGGCGAGGAGGGACAGUCUGUGAACGGCCAUGUUAACGGUUCUGAUACCACGAACGGAGAGGAGAAAGUCAUCGGCGAGAAGGGUGACGAAGCUGAAACUGGAGAGACUAAAGAGUCAUCAGACAACCCAGAAGAGGAGGAUGGAGGUGAACUUAUGGCCAGUUUGAGGGCAAACCCGUCAUAAUGUUUAGGCAAUAUCUUAGAUGCAAAGAAAAUAAAUGUAAUGCACUCACACACACUUCUGUCAAUGUUUCAGAUGAUGAGGGUGAAGGGGAAGGAACGGAAGAAAAGGUGAGACUUCAUCUACUACUGACCUAUCUGUGUGUUCCUGCCGAUGGUUUAGCUGCUGUAAAGUCAGUAAGUUAACAUUCAAUUACCUUUUGACCUCAGGAGGACAUACCGGAGGACAGUGAUGAUGAGGAAGUGGGCAACCUGCAGUUAGCCUGGGAGAUGCUGGAGGUGGCUAAGGUCAUCUACAAAAGGUACGGUAGGAAAUAAAUACCCACUCGUUCCCAUGUUUUACCCUGCUAUCCUCUAGUUGUUGUGUAUGUAGGGCUUUCAAGUGCCAACUCUAUUCAAAUCUAUUCCAACAAAUCAAAUUGAGCCGUUGGAUAAAUUGUUUGUGUUCUGUUGAAGGAAAGAGGGUAAGGAGGACCAGCUGCUGGCCGCUCAGGCCCAUCUGAAACUGGGAGAAGUAGCGGCUGAAUCAGGUACUUUCCCAACCACCACUAGUACUUUGGUUUGGCCCGUUUUUAUAUGGGGUUGGCCCAUACAUUGUGCUUCAGUGAGGUGUGUUCCUCACUACCUGUUUGAUUUCCACCCUAGGCAAUUACAGCCAGGCGGUGGAUGACUUCCAGGAGUGCCUGUCCCUGCAGCUGAAGCACCUGGCCUCAGACAGCCGCCUGCUGGCCGAGACUCACUACCAGCUGGGCCUCACCCUCUGCUCUGACUGCCAGUACAGCCAGGCCAUCGAACACUUCAACCACUCCGCUAGAGUAAUCAAGAGCAGACUAGGUGAGGAGGAGGUGAAUGUGAUCAAUGAGAUUCUCAUUUUGAAAGGAAUUGUUUAGAUCAGUGGUCACCAACCUUUUCUGAGUAGAGAUCACUUUCACUGUCAAAAAGCAAGCAGAGAUCUACUGCAAAUAUAUAAAAAUAUAUAACUAUAUAUAUAUAUAUUUAAAAAAAAAACAUGACUUAAAAAAUAAGCCUAUGCAACAUUAAUGUAAUAAAAACAGUUCUGUAGGAAUGAGGUGUGUAAAGUAGGCCUAAUACAUUAUCACAUCAUAUUGGCUAUAUGCUUGGCCCGCCAAUGUUCUUCUCAGAUCAUAUAUUUCAAAACUAGCUUUGAUAAUAAAAUAGAUCAGUUGUUGUAUCACUUGCGAGGCACAGCUGAGCAUAAAUUUAAAUUAUUUGCAAAUUAUUAGCUUUUUUCUUUUACUGGACUGAUGGUACCUGCAUCUGAUGGUCAGUCAGCGGAAGGAGGGAGAGAGCAGCCUCUCACUGUUCCCGUUCUCUCCUUUCCUCCGGUGAGACUGACCAGAGAGAGGGGACACUGUCUUCCACCUGAUGGUGAAACUCGAGUGGCACCGCAUUAUUUCUGCCUCAUGCACAAAUUCAUGUUCCUAUGACCAGAGAAAGUGAAAUAUUCCUCGAUAUUAAACUAGACACGACGAGCUGCUAAUAAUAAUAACGCAGGCCUAUCGAUACACUUGGCUACUCAUUCAUUGCAGCUACAGCGCGAGUGGAAGUAGGGAGAAGUGCGUUUUGAAUUUAAAGUGUUGAAUAAAAACGGUGUUGACAGUGCUGAAUAAACUUAAACAUGAACUCAAAAACAGCAGCCAGCUCUUCGCUGUAUUCUUUGUCUCUCUGGUCAUGGUUUCAAAAGUUAGGAAAUCUCAUGUAGGCUAGUAUCAAUCUUUGCUGUGGGGUCGUGGAAGCUGUAGGUACGGUUAUUUGAGCUAUCCGAUUGGCCAGCGCAGCAGACACUUGAUUUAGCCACAGCUCUCCUGGUCCGCCGGGUAGGCGGAGUUUGUCCCUUCAGACAAAUGAAAUGGGAACACUUCAAGUGCGCCAACAGCACAAGACGACCGGUUGGUGACCACUGGUUUUGCUAGUUUUAUUCUUGGAAAAUGUUACUCUUCUACACCCUUGUAUCGUUUGUCUCCCAGCCAAGCUCCAGGAGGUGCUGGAGAAGGCAGAGGGGUCCGAGGCGGCCCCUGAGGAGAGAAAGGAGAUGGAGGAGCUGAAGGCUCUGCUGCCAGAGAUCCAGGAGAAGGUAGAGGACGCCAACGUGGGACAGAAAAUGGCUGCGGCUGCUGCAGCAGAAGCUGUGAUGCAGGAGACGCUGGUGAGAAGGGGAUUGAGAUGGAGGGGGCUCUAACCAGAGUGAUUGACCCAGUCCUAGCCCACUUACUUUUUUAGGCUCUCUUAAGUAAGGUUUGAGUUCAUGCAAUACGUCGAGCAUGAAGUUUGAUUCCACAUUUCGUUGGGUUUUUUCAGGCAAGUGGUUCAGCAUUUCCAGCUCAGAGUGGAAGUUCUCAAAACGGGGGGACGUCUGCAUCUAUGGUAUGCCUGAGCCUCAUGAUUUUAGACAUCUUUAUUGGUUGAUUUGUUGUGCUUUAAACAACGUAUUCUAAGGGAUAUGUCGGUGGGUCCUCCCCCUCACUCAGAUUCAAGUCCGAUCCACCAACGGAAACGCCCCCUCAAAGUCUCCAGCCUCUGACAUCUCACACCUGGUCAGAAAAAAGGUCAGUGAAGUGAAGCCAUUUGCUUCCAGAUAACCAUCCUAGUAUCCACAAACACCUCUUUGUAUUGUUUAACAGAGGAAACCAGAAGACAGCCCAGUAAAGGAGAAUGACUCAAAAAAAGUGAAACAGGAGACUCAUGUUAACAGCAACGGCGACAACGGUGUCAAAGACAAAAUGGAGGUUGAACGGUAUGUAUGGAGUAUGUAUUUUCCACUACCUAAGGUUGUCAUGGAAUACCUACAUGUACUACUAGACCAACUUUUACAAAUGUAAGCAAUAGAUCAACCUCUGCUCUUUUCACAUUCAAGAGCAUGUGUGCCUUUUUGUGAUAUUAAUGAUGAAUUCAUUGUGAUUAUUCUCAUGUUUCCCCCUGCAGCCAGUGAAGCCCUGGUGACUUUCUGAUGCCAAUUCCUGAUUGUCAUCACAUCCUCCUACUGCAGAUCAAGUUGUAAAUGUGUCAUGUUCCUAUUGUGUACCUGUAUGUGCUUUUUCAUAUUUGUAAGAUUUUGUACCAGAUCAUUAAAGACUACUUACUUGAUCAAUUAGUCAUCUUGGAUUUGUGUAAAGAAACUCCAAAUGGGAAGAGAUCCAC